CAGCCAAAGUGGCUCUGUCCUGACUGGCAGCAGAAGAGUGGCUGCAGGCAGGGAGCGAAGGGAGGAAUGAAUGGUGUGGACUCCGCAUUUCCGGGUUCAUGUGGCGCUUGCUCUGGGGGACGCUGAGAGCCCUUCCCGGCCUGCGGAGGAGGACGGCAACCGGGCAGCGCCUGAGCUGGCGGGGCCUCCCGAGCGCACCCAUGGAGCGAGCCGUGGUGCGCUGCGUGCCCGCCGAACCUAAACUCAGCGUCUCGUUCGUGAUGGGGGACGGAAGCGCCCGGCACAUGCAGAGGGACCAGGCGGAGCCUCUUGGCAGGGCGCUUGCUCGCAUCGCCAACAACGCCGGGAAAGGCCACGCCAAGGCGGCCAAGAAAAGCAAGAAAGCGCGGGCCGAGGCGGAAGCUGCGGCCCCGCCGCCGGCCCCGCCGCCUCCCACCGUGUGCCUCUACUCCCAGGAUGGCGAGGCUGUGGACGAGGACGUGCCCAACGCAGAGGCCUGGCAAGACGGGGCCGUGCUGCAGAUCGGCGAGGCCCGCUACCGCGUGGAGCGCAACCCGCCUGCUCUGACGGAGCUCCAGCUGCCGCGCUCGCUCAUGGCCGGCUUCCCGCUGUGCCCCAAGCUUCGGACCGAGUUCGGCUCUCCACGCGACUGCCUCUUCCGCUGGUUCCGGGAGCAGAAGGCCGAGCCGGCGACGGCGGCCGGAGGCGAUGGUUGGGUGGAAAUCCCGGGUGGCACCGAGCGCAUCUUCACGCCCGGCAACGCGCACAUCGGGCUGCGCCUUAAGCUUGCCUGCACCCCGGGCAACAGCCAGGGGCGCUACGGGCAAGCCCGCGAGGUGGAGAGCAGCGGCCCCGUGGAGGCCGGCCCGGGCGCCUGCACCUUCGAUGCGCGGCACCUCUACACCAAGAAAGUGACCGGCCCGGGCCUCAUCCGCACCGUCACUUACAACAUUCUGGCCGACAUCUACGCCCAGACCGAGCUUUCGCGGACCGUGCUUUAUCCCUACUGUGCUCCCUACUCGCUGGAACUCGACUACCGACAAAACCUGCUCAAGAAGGAGUUGGCCGGCUACAACGCCGACAUCAUCUGCCUGCAGGAGGUAGACAAAUCGGUCUUCGCUGACAGCCUGGGCCCUGCACUUGAUGCCUUUGGCUUGGAGGGUCUCUUCAAGAUCAAAGAGAAGCAGUACGAGGGCCUGGCCACCUUCUACCGAAGGGACAAGUUCAGUCUUCUCAGCCAGCACGACAUUGCCUUAAACCAGGCUCUGCUCGAAGAUCCCUUACACGAAGAAUUGCGAGACAAGCUGGCCCUCUAUCCCCAGGUGCAGGAAAAAGUGCUCCAACGAUCAUCUGUCUUGCAGGUUUCCAUUCUUCAGUCUACAAAUGAUUCUUCAAGAAAGAUUUGUGUUGCAAACACCCACCUCUACUGGCACCCAAAAGGUGGAAACAUUCGUCUAAUCCAAGCUGCAAUAGCAUUGUCCCAUAUCAGGCAUGUAAUAAAUGAUAUGUAUCCUGCUAUACCUCUCAUAUUUUGUGGAGAUUUUAAUAGCACACCAUCAACUGGAACAUACAGUUUUGUCAAUAAUGGCAGUAUUGCUGAAGAUCAUGAAGACUGGGCCUCAGAUGGAGAAGAGCACCACUGCACAAUGUCGUUAACCCAUCCAUUCAGACUUAAAAGUGCUUGUGGAGAACCUGCCUACACUAAUUAUGUUGGAGGUUUCCAUGGAUGUUUGGACUACAUUUUCAUUGAUGCAAAUGCUUUGGAGGUUGAACAAGUAAUUCCACUGCCAAGUCAUGAAGAAGUAACCACUCAUCAGGCCUUACCAAGUGUUUCACACCCCUCAGAUCAUAUAGCACUAAUAUGUGACUUAAAAUGGAAAUAAUUUUUUUAAAAAACUUGACAUCUUUCUCUGAAGCAAAGAAUUUGAGCUACUGUUGGAGAAAUCCACUUGAUCACUCAUUUUAAUAGUAAACAUGUUUCCAUGCCUAUUAAUAACAUGCCAAAUUUUCAGUUCUUUGUAACUGGCCAUAAUUUGCAUAACCAGAAUGCUUUUAUGGCCAUUGCUCUGUUUUUUAAUUAAGGAAAGGAGUCAAUGUUUAGUGCUCUUUUAAAGUUGAAUUGUCCUAUAUUACCCUAUCAGGUGCUUUUAAAAUGGUGGAUGAAAGUAUUUUGUUUAAACCAAAUUUAUAUAAAAAUUGGAACAACUGGAAGUUUUUUGGUAAAUGACAUACUCUGUCAGUCUGUUACUAUUGCCUUCUGAGAAGAAGGUAUUCCUUGACAAGCUGCCAAAAUCAUGUAAAACAUGUGUUCUCCCUAUUAAAAAAAAAUAUGUAUUUAGCAUUCAUUUGAAAUCAUUCCAAAAAUGAUUUGGCACAAUUACCUGUUCUCAGGUGUUCUAUAAGGGAAAAACUUGUCCAUGUAAACCAUAAUUGUGCUUAAAUAAAAAAAUACAGUAUGUUUAACCAAUCCAACCUGCUUUUUUCUAAGUUACUGUAAACUGAUUAUUAAAAUACUAGUGUAUGCCUCA